GAAGUGUGCAGCACUAGCCAACUUGUAAAAAAUGAAGAGGAAAUGAUGGCUAGAAAAAAGGAAGAAGAAGUUGCUACAAGAAAAAAGGAAGAGAAAAUGAUGACAAUCUCAUAAAUUAAGGUUACUUUUUCAUAGUGAAGCGUUGGGCCUAACUUUAUGCAGCCAACUAUCAUAGUGAAUGGGUCCAUAAUUAUAGCUAAAUUUUCAUACUAAUGCAAUUUCUUUUUGUUUUGUUUUGUUUUGUUUUGUUUUUAUGAACUUAUUUAUUUUGUAUUUUUUUUCUUCUAGUUUGUUAAUUUUAUUUCUAACAAGAAUAGUUUGCAAUUUCUUUUUGUUAAGUUUAUGAACUUAUUUUAAUUUAUUUUUUUUCAUUUAGAAAAUACAUAAUUUACAUGAUAAUGUGAAGAAGACUUUUUCAAAGCAAAAACGAAAUCCCACAUAUUUUUUGGUUGGUGUCUAUUGUAAUUUUAGAUUCUUCUUCUAGCUACUUAUAAAUGCGCGGUGACUCCAAUCUUACAUCACCAAACUAUCAUACACAGGCACAACGCUCACCAUUAAAACCAGCUAAGACUACACAAACAAACCAUAUAAACACUGCAAUUUCCUAAGCUAAGCUAAGCUAAGCUAUACCCAUAUAUGGCUUGGCCUAAACCACUAGUAUUUCUUUUUAUUUCCAUUAUUAUUAUUAUGAGUUUCACAAACUUUGGUAACACUAAAGCAGAGGACACUCCUGUCUAUCUCUGGAAAAACUGUUCAACCAACAGUAGUACAACCACCGCCAACAGCCCCUUUCAACUCAAUCUAAACACUCUCCUCACUUCCCUCUCAUCCAACCCCACCGAAUUCCACAACACCACCGUCACAGGAAAUCCCUCCUCCAACACUGUCUACGGUCUCUUCAUGUGCAGAGGUGACGUGGCACUCCCUCUCUGCCGACAGUGCGUUCUAAACGCAACACAGACACUCCUCUCAGAAUGUUCCCUUUCCAAACAGGCAGUGAUAUGGUACGACGAGUGUACCGUACGCUACUCAAACCGUUCCUUUUUCUCCACCUUUGAUACUAGACCUCGUGUUGGUCUACUCAACUCAGCUAACAUAACCAAUCAACAAAGCUUCAUGCGUUUAUUGUUUCGAACUAUGAAUAAAACUGCUGAUGAUGCUUCUAAUCAUCCAAUUGGUUCUAAGAAAUAUGCUACAAAUCAAGCUACUAUAUCUGGUUUUCAGAAUUUGUAUUGUUUGGCUCAGUGUACGCCUGAUUUGUCACCUCAAGAUUGUAGAAAGUGUCUUAAUGGUGUCAUUGGGGACCUUCCUUGGUGUUGUACGGGAAAACAAGGUGGAAGAGUUUUAUAUCCUAGCUGUAAUGUUAGGUAUGAAUUGUACCCUUUUUUUCGAGUAGACAAUGCUUCGUCGCCAUCUCCUUCAUCGUCAAUUCUUCCUCCUCCAACUACUAAUCCGGCUAAUUCCCGAGGAGGCAGCAGUGGGAUAUCAGGCGGGACAAUUGUUGCAAUUGUAAUUCCAAUCAUAGUUGUUGUGCUUCUGUUUAUAGUGGCCAUUUGUUUCUUGAGUAAAAGGGCAAGGAAGAAGCGUGAUUCUCUACAAGAUGGAAACACUGCAAAUGAUAUCACCACUAUGGAGUCCUUGCAAUUUGAUUUCAGCACCAUUGAAGCAGCCACCAACAAAUUCUCUGCAGAUAACAAGUUGGGUGAAGGUGGAUUUGGUGAAGUUUUUAAGGGAACUCUUCCAAAUGGACAAGAAAUAGCUGUCAAGAGACUCUCCAAAAGUUCGGGACAAGGUGGAGCAGAAUUUAAGAAUGAAGUUGUCGUAGUUGCCAAGCUUCAACACAGAAAUUUGGCUAGGCUUCUUGGAUUUUGCUUGCAAGGAGAGGAAAAAAUACUUGUUUAUGAAUAUGUAGCCAACAAAAGUUUGGACUAUACUCUUUUUGAUCCUGAAAAGCAAGGGAAACUAGAUUGGGCAAAGCGGUACAAGAUUAUUGUAGGGAUCGCUCGUGGCAUGCAAUAUCUUCAUGAAGAUUCUAGGCUUAGAAUUAUACACCGUGAUCUUAAAGCUAGCAACAUAUUGUUGGAUGGAGAUAUGAAUCCAAAAAUCUCAGAUUUUGGCAUGGCAAGAAUAGUUGGAGUUGAUCAAACCCAAGGAAACACUAGCAGAAUUGUAGGAACUUAUGGUUACAUGGCUCCAGAGUAUGCAAUGCAUGGAGAAUUUUCAGUAAAGUCUGAUGUAUACAGUUUUGGAGUUCUCAUUAUGGAGAUUAUAAGUGGCAAGAAAAAUAGCUCUUUCUAUGACACUGAUGGUGCUGAUGAUCUAGUGAGCUAUACGUGGAAAGUUUGGAAAGAAGGAGCACCAUUAGAACUAGUGGACCCUAUAUUAAGAGAAAAAAUUACUCCAAAUGAAGUUAUCAGAAGCAUCCAUAUUGGUUUGCUUUGUGUUCAAGAAGAUCCAAGUGACAGACCAACAAUGACAUCAAUAGUUCUUAUGCUUGACAGUAACACAGUUACUCUUCCAACUCCAAAGCAGCCUGCAUUUUUCCUCAACAGUGAUCCAAACAGGCCGAAGGAGCUUCGAUUUGAUUCUUCUACAACAAAGUCAAUAACAACUUCUGUGAAUGAGAUGUCAAUUAGUGAAAUGGAUCCGCGAUAAGCUUGCUUGCUUAGACAUUGCAGAUUUUAUUAGAUAAAUAAGCAUAUCUAUGUGUAUAUAGUAAUAAGUCAUAUAUAUCUAGUUUCAUUUCAUAUAUGUGACUGUUUUCUGAAUUGUAGAAAUGUAUGUUUGUAUUUAAGUUGCUUAUUUUUCGAUGCAAAAUAAUAUAUGAGGGUGUGUGCCCUUUUUAAAUAAAUAAAAAUUAUCUUUGGUAA